AUGAAAUUAGGGACUUGUACGGAGUGGUUGUUUUUCCAUAUUUGGAAAAAAAAUCCAAAAACUGGACAUAGCUGUGAUGGAAUAUUUGUAGCAGAUUCAGUAAUUUAUAGAUGGGCCCAACCAUACUUUAGUAACAACUAUUUAUAACUUUAAGGAUAUUUCACUAUACAGGAUGGUUAAGUAAUAAGAAAGACGAAAGAGAGAGUAUUCAUAGAUCAAGUUGAAAGUUCAUUUAAAUAAGAAAAUACAGCAGCGUAAUUAAUAACUAGCCAGGUAUAUUAUAAUUAUUAUAUGCAUAAGAUGUAAAACAAGUAAUAAGAGAUAAUUAUGUUUGAGUAUUUAGAUUAUGAGAGUUUUAAAAUAUUUCUUCAUUAAAGAGAGAAGGACUUAAAUUUAGUACUAUAAAAGUAUUAAUCCCUUAAUUAUGAGAUUUAUUUAUCCAAAAAAUGAUUAAAACUCUAUGAUUAGGGUGACAUGGUCUCCUUAAUUCUGCUUAGUCAUGAGGAAAACAAAUAUCAAUAAAAUGAAUGAUAUGAAGAAGACCCAAGUUGAAAGAGUUGCUACAUUUGAUGGACCAGAAUAUUUGAUAUAAGCAGAUUCAAUCAAUUCUCCUUUAUUAAGUGCAGAUUUAGAGUAGUUAUGUGUGAAUAUUGUGAAACACAUUUUGGAAGUAUCAGGAGGGAACAUUUAAAUAAUAAGAAUGGUCUUAUAUUUUAAAGUUGAUUAUGAAAAUAGAAUAUGGUUGCUUUUUUGUACUAAUAUUAAAGUGAAGGAUAAAUUCAAUGAUGUUUUGCAGCAACCAAGAGUGUUUUCUCCUAUCUUUAGGGUUUUAAGGAAAGAUCAAGAGCCAGUUUCCUUUGCCAAAGAUUAGGUUUAGACUGUUAUUAAAAUAAAUAAUCAAGGUGAAAUGCAAUCUCUUCUUUAUCAAUUUAAAAACAUCUGUAGUAAUUGCGAUAGAUUUUCUCAUUAACUAUAUUAAUUGAAGUUAUAGUUUAUUAUCGAAAGUUUUAAAUAAGUAUAAAUUUUAAAUUAUAAGAAUUUAGUGAAGAAAGACUUUACGAGAUUGCCUGAAGAAUUAGAAAAGAUUAAAUAGAAAUAAGAUUUAUAGAUUCCCAAAGUGACUUACAAUAGAAACAUUAAAAUGAGACAAAAAUAAAAUCUUAAGGAGGGUAAGAGUUCCUAUUCAAUUUUAGAAUUUGAAGUUUAAAAUGAAUUUUAAAAUGAUAAUUAAGCAACUGCUAUUUUAAUGGAGAAAAAGAAAAUCUGCCAAAACAAAUUAACAGAAGAUGAAUUAUAUACAUAAAUUAAAGAACUCGUCUAAUUAUUGAAUGAUGAAUAAGAAGAUUAAAAAUUCAAUUUUAAUCAUAUUCCUCCAUUAAUUCUAAAAGUUUGGGGUAAAAUUAAUGAAGAAAAAUAUUAACAAUUAUAACACAAUUAAAGUUGGAAAGAUUUAACAACCUAAGUUUGCCUAGAUUGUUUUUUACAAUAUACUUAAUGUUGUGAAUAAACCUUGUUUGAAAGAAAAGCGUAACAAUUUAGUUUAUCAAUUUUAGAGAGAUCAUGUCCUAAAAAUUAAGAAAAAUAGUCAAUGCAAAAGAAGAGAAUGAAAAAGAAAAACUACUUUUAUCUACUACAAAUUUGAAUGUCAAUAGAACAACCUUUAACCAACUACCUAAUCUACCAUCAAUCUCAGAAUUGCCAUUGGAAAAGUAAAAAAGGAUGUCAAGGAAAUCUUAAAAUAUAACAAAUUAAGAAAUUGGAACCAAAUAACUAGAAUAAACUCCUCAAAAGGUUUUAUAAACUUCUGAUUAAACAACAAAAAAAUUACAAUAAACUCAUCAAUCCAAAUUAUCUAAUUAAUCUAACUAAUAACAUCCAUAAAACGUGAUUCCGAGUACAACUUUAUCAAAUAAAUAUUUUUAAUUAUAAAGAUAGUCUUCGAGUAAGAUAAAUCAAAUGAAAAUAAAGAUUCCAAGUACUUAAAGAGUAUAAUCUAUUAUUAUUGUAGAUAUAUCUUAAUAAGUAAGGCUUAAAUAUGUCUGCUAAUAAAUCUAUGUAAUCAAAAUCAUCAAGAUCUACUUUAGACUAAUCAAAAGUCUCUUUUGAUUUUAUGAUAAAUACUGUGACUUAAUUAAAGAGGAAACUUGAAGAACUUGAAUAGGAUGAAAGACAAUUAGAAUAAGAAAAACUUUGA